AUGUCGCUCAUUGGAAAGUAUCCUUGUAGUAAUGUUACAGCCCCAACAUAUUUGUCUUUCUUGACUGCUUCCUGUUCUACACUGAUCACCAUCGUUGCUUCCUCGGGAAACUUCCUUGUGAUUCUUGUCGUCUUCCUGAACCCCAACAAGGACCUGCGAUCACCGUUCAACUACCUUGUAGUCAAUCUGAGUCUGGCAGAUCUUAUUGUUGGUCUCAUAACUGCUCCUCUCGGUAUAGCUUUUCAUUUUUACGAGGGUUUUGGAAUCCCUAAUCGACCCCUCAGAAAAACGAUGCAUGUUUCAUUUUUCAUUUCCUGCACUGCUUCGCUUCUGAGCCUGUCGGCCCUGGCGUUAGAUCGUUACGUCGCUAUUACAUAUCCUCUAUUCUACAGAUCGAAACUCAACGCAAAACGAAGUUUAUUAGUUUCUGCUGGUGUCUGGACCGUGUCUGUUUUAUUAUCCAUGAUUUACUUUGCAGUAGGCUAUGACAAGUUUCGGUUCGUCUUCGCCAACACUGCAGUCGUCGUGACGUUCACUGUGUUGCUUUUCACCAACUCGAAAAUUUUCAAGUUCUUGCGAACUCAAGUCAGACAAUGGGACAACCUGCACGACAGCACCGAAGAAAAUCUGGCGAAGAAGCAAGCGAUCAAGUGGGAGAAAAAGAUCACAAAGACGCUUGUUACUGUGUUGAUGUUAUUUUUAGCGUGUUAUUUUCCAUCGUGCAUUUGUAUCUACAUCAUAAAUUUCUGCGCUAAUUGCAAUUGCGUGUUUAUUCACUGGGUGAGAGACAUUCAGUUUGUUCUGAUGUUAACAAAUUCGGGAGUAAACCCAUUUGUCUAUGCGUUGAGGUUAGAUAAUUUUCGCAGAGCCUUUAAAAAUAUUUUAACAUGCCGUGCGUGCAUGAGGCGUGUAAGGUCAAUCUCGUUGAACCUGCAUCAAACGUCGACGUCAAGUACUGAAGGAACUUCAAAUACUAACACUCGAAGACAGCCAGUGGAAAUUUUAAUAUAA